GUGUGAUACCUGGUUUAUUGAUCCAUGCCAUUUUGGCAGCAUAUUGCAGGUUAAAAAACUAAGAAUUAAACCAACAACAAAAUGAAUUCAUACGCUCUAUUAAAAAAGUACAUUAAGAAGCCUCCUAUACCAUUCAAUUCUAUUAUAAGAAAUGGAGACAAAGGCGAUUAUUUCGAUGGGACUAUUUUGGAAAAACCAGAAAAAUUGACGCCCAUGGACAUGGAACUAAGAAUACAGGCGGACAGGGUGAUGUAUUCACUAAAUAAGACGAUUUCAGUGUUAAACGUUUUGGCUCAUCUCCCAUUCAUACUACAGAACAAAGGUGAAUUAAUAGUGGAGAGUUUUAUACCCGAAGAAAGAGAUUUUAUUGCUUUAAUUUUCAGUCUUUAUAACCAAUCAAUGUCCACUGACCAGAAUGUUUUAGAAAGUCAAUGCACGUUUAUGUAUGAAUCGAUUAACAAUAUUAAGAAAGGAAAAAUGACAAAACAAGCUUGUGACGAUAUCGAUUGCGAUCCCAAUUUAACACAAAUUGUUCAUUUGCUGUUCAACAACAAAUGUAUACGGAACGCUAUCAGCAAAGCACGUCAUCCAGAGACCAUCCCAUUCAUUACUCAGUUCAUUAAGGACUUUGAAGAAUUGAAAGAAGUAGCGGAAGUGAAGUUGUACGUAACCGGAACCGAAGAAGAGGCAAGAGAUAAGAGACUAAGACAAGCUUUUAAAUCAAACAUUAUGUUGACUGCUGCUAUUCGAGAUUUGAAACAACAACUAGAAAUUCAAAGAAAAGAAUUAGGAGAUGAACUUAAUCAGAAAGUCGAUACAUUUAAGAUGUACAAUGAAAAAAUAGCUAAGCUUAAGGAGGAGUUUCAAAUAAGCAUAGAGAAAGACAUACACGAAUCUGAGAAAAGAAUGAUGCAUCAAUGCCUGGAGAGUGAAGAGAGACAAGUUGUGCUUGCCGAAGAAGCUCAAAACAUAGCCAAGGAAUACGACACGCUAUUGGAGAGUCACUUAGAGGCUGAGAAAAUUUUAAGAGCUAAGCGUCUAAAAACGGAAACUCAACUUCAAACCUGGCUUACAAAGUACGAUCAGGACAUAGGGGAUAAAAAUUCGGAAUAUGAAGGCCUCAAAAAAGAAUAUGACGAAGAAAAGGAAGCUAUGGAUGAUUUGGAGGAUAAAUUAGAGGAUCAAGAAAUAUUAUAUAAUAGGCUUAUGAGAGAAAAGGGUGAAGAAGAGCAAAGAAUAUAUUUGGAGAUAGCGUUUAAGAUAUUGAUGAAUCGUUCAGCUAGAAUCAUCCAAAGGGCUUGGAGAGCAUACAGGGCAAGGAAAUUAGCGAAGAGGAAAGGAAAGAAGGGUAAAAAAGGAAAGGACGCCAAACACCAAAAACCAAAAUUAACAGUAACAAGAAAGGAAGAUCCAAAUGCUGCAUUAGAAGGGAAAUUUAAAGGCAAGGUUUUUGAAGAAAUGGAAAAUCCUAAUGCCUUUUAAUUUUUAGAAAAUUGUAUACAAAAAAUAUAUGUUUACUUAAAUUAUAUCUACAUAUAUCUAAUCUUGAUCAGAAAAUUAAUAAAAAGAAAUAAUGUAAUAUGUAUUACUUAGUUUAUAUUAAAUAGUAAUAAAACUACGAAAAUUUCUGAUAUACAGAGGGGUUAAAUUAAAAACGUAAAAAUAAUGUAUAUUUAUUUUAUUUAGAUUUUUUCCAAAUAAUUUCUG